UGUUGCUCCACAUGCAUGCCCCAUAAGUAUUUAAAAAGAGAAAUGCUGGGUAUACACACUGGUCUUUCACGGUCAAUACCAACCGCGGUUCUUUCGGACAUACUUUCAUAUCAAGAAGGCUGGACUUGAACGAUGAAAAUCUCCAGCCGUGGGCUUCUUCUGUCCACCUUUUCGGUUUGCACAUUCGUUCAAACUUUGGGUCAAGACUCCCAAUCAUUUGCGUGGCUGGAUCUCCCAGCGAGCUACGCUUUGGAAUGGGUGGAUUGUUACACUGGGUUUCAGUGUUCAAAUCUGAAGGUUCCUCUCAAUUACUCCAACCCGGACUCUAAUGAAACUAUCGUGCUUGCUAUCAUUCAAUACCCUUCUCCUCUUCCCGUGAAUUCUACCGAUUACAAAGGACCACUUCUAUUCAACGACGGCGGUCCUGGUGGAAGUGGCGUUGAUUACGUGCUUGAGCAGGGUGUCUAUUACUCUCAAAUGUUCCAAGACCAAUAUGACAUCGUCGGCUUUGAUCCCCGUGGUGUCGCGCGGUCUACACGUGUAUCUUUCUACGAAACGGGUGUCGAGCGCGCUUUGUGGGGUUAUAAUAUAGCGGUUGAGCUUAUGGGCCGCCCGGAUGGUGUUGCGAACGCGUGGGCGCAGGCUACCAUUACUGGACAGCUGGCCGCCGAACGGGAUACUGGGAUAUUGGCACAUAUCAAUACCGAUCAGACCGCUCGCGAUAUGCUGAAAAUCACUGAAGCGUACGGGCGCGAAAAACUGCAAUAUUGGGGAUUUUCGUACGGUACCGUAUUGGGCGUGACCUUCGCCGCUAUGUUUCCUGACAAGAUUGAACGAAUGGUUCUAGAUGGUGUGGUUGACGCGGACAACUACUAUGCCACGCUAUGGUCUGACAACUUGUUGGAUUCUAACAAAACCUUGCAGACGUUCUUUGACGGAUGCUUUCAAGUCGGUCCUGAUGGAUGCCCUUUCUACGCCUCGAGUCCCGAUACAAUAAAGCAGAACCUCGAUGAUCUCUACACAGCCAUUCGCGCUAGACCGCUUCCGGUACGCCUGCCGACAGGCUACGGUGUAGUUGACUACGCGCGAAUGCAUUAUUCGGUCUUCGCCGCUCUAUACACGCCACAAAGUUCAUUCUUGACUCUGGCGCAGGGACUCUCAGAUCUGGCUCAAGGGAACGGAGAUAUCAUCUUCAACAUGACUUAUUUUUCCCCAUUCGAAUGCUCCUGCGACGAUCCUUCCGCGUUGCUCACAGCCUCUGUGCAAGAUUCCAUGAUUGCCAUCAUAUGUAACGACGGCCUACCCGUUCCAAGAAACGUGGAGGCGGCAGAAGAGUACUACGCUGAUCUUUCUGCUCAGUUUGAAUGGGCAAGUAUCUGGGCUGGCAUUAGAAUUGGCUGCUCAGGAUGGCCAGAUUAUCCGAAAACAAAUUUCCGGGGCCCAUUCACGGGUAACACAAGCUACCCCAUUUUGUUCGUUGCUAACACAGCCGAUCCCGUCGCGCCUCUCUCUGCUGCCAAAAAGAUGGCCUCCGGUUUCGAUGGCUCUGUCGUCCUAACCCAAGAUUCACCAGGACAUUGUUCGAUCGCCGCUAACUCGCCUUGCACGGAGGGCUACAUCAGGGACUACUUCAUAAAUGGGACGCUCCCGGAAUCAGACACAAUAUGUCCCAUCGUCGGCGGCUUGUUUGACGAUAUAAGCGUCCCUGGCGCGUUUAGAAGAGAUCUUUACGAGGGAAAAUCAGAGGAGGUCAGACGAAAAAGUUAUUCGGCUAGGAGACCCCUGUCUCUAGCCCCGAAUUCUGGUUGCGCUUCAGUGGGACGAUAGAUACCAUUCUGUAGGCAUUAAUGGACUUUGUGAUACCUGCAAACAUCUCUGAACAGAUCCUUGUGGCGGUCAGGCGGGGACAUUCUUCAGUAUCUUGGACAUUAUAUUCACUCAAUGCUCAUUGCAUUACAUCCGCUUCGAAUGAAUAAAUAAUAGCGAAUGGAAAACAUGUACACAGAAUGACACAGUUAGAGUAGAGUAGUACAUGUCGAGUACAGUUUUUCCUUUCGUCUAUCCAUAAUGCAUAGAACAAUUAAA